ACACCAAGUGUGACAUUUGGAGACACGUUGGGAUUGUUACAGUCGGAAUAAGUCGAUGCAACAUUAUCCACCCGUGAAGUCAAAAAAAACUCGUCAAGAUAAUCAUAUUCAUCAACUUCCAUCAGCAUGACUCAAAAACCAGGGCAAGUUUUCAAAAAGACAAGCCCCAAUGCCAAGCUCUCACUUUAUCUGGGAAAGCGAGACUUUGUAGAUCAUGUCGACACUGUGGACCCAGUUGAUGGCAUGUUGCUGCUUGAUCCAGAUUAUUUAAAGGACAGAAGAGCUUAUGUGAUGUUGACGUGUGCAUUCCGAUAUGGACGGGAAGAUUUGGAUGUCAUGGGCCUUAGUUUCCGAAAAGAUAUUUACUGUGAGACAAUCCAGGUCUAUCCACCAGUUGCAGACAACAAAAAGCCACUGACUCCCCUGCAGGAGCAGCUGGCUAACAAGCUGAAAGAAAACUGCUAUCCUUUCCUCUUCCAGAUCCCUCCAAAUCUGCCAUGUUCAAUCACCCUGCAGCCAGGACCAGAAGAUCACGGGAAGGCCUGUGGUGUGGACUUUGAGGUGAAAGGAUUCUGCGCAGAUAAUCUGGAGGAAAAGAUUCAUAAAAGGAAUUCAGUGAAGCUGAUCAUCCGCAAGGUCCAGUAUGCCCCAGAGAAAAGCACAGUGCAGCCCAAAGCAGAAAUAACUCGGCAAUUCCUCAUGUCAGACAAGCCGUUACAACUGGAAGCCUCACUUGGCAAAGAGAUGUAUUAUCAUGGUGAACCUAUCCAAGUCACUGUCCACAUUAACAAUAACACAAGUAAGGUGGUGAAGAAGAUUAAGUUGUCUGUUGAUCAGAUCACAGAUGUAGUCCUCUAUCAACUUGACAAAUAUGCGAAGACGGUAUGUUCAGAAGAACCAAAUGACACUGUGGCUCCUAAUUCUACCUUCACCAAAGUUUACAACCUGACCCCUACUUUGGCAAACAACCGACAAAAACGUGGCCUGGCCUUGGAUGGCAAACUCAAACAUCAGGACACCAACCUGGCCUCGAGCACUGUACUCAGGCCACAACUGGACAAAGAGGUCCUUGGAAUUCUUGUGUCUUAUCUGCUCAGGGUGAAGGUGAUAGUUUCACGGGGAGGGAUCUUGGGAGACCUCACUUCAAGUGAGGUGUCUGUCGAAAUUCCCUUUUACCUGAUGCACCCGAAACCUUCGGAGGUCAAUGUCUGUGCUGAAGACAUUGUGAUUGAAGAAUUCAAUCGUCCAAAGCUUGAUGAAGAACAAGAUGAUGAAGAUGAAGAACACGCAGCCACGGAAGGAGAAAAUUAAAUGCAGGAAAUCAGAUGGACAGCAGACAGGAGGUCUUAAGUUCGUGCAUGGUUUUGAGAUGCUCAAUCAGAUUAUCAAAAACUAACCAGAAACUUUCCUUCCUAUCCAAGAACAUACUCUUUCAGGGUAGUCAUCCAUCCAGUUUUAAGUUGUGCCAUCUGGUGUUUGGCAAUGCUAUUGGAAUGCUUCUGAAGCAUAUGAUAGACACCCUUCAUCACCAAGAACACAGAUUGGAGAUUUAAGCCCAUUGUCCAUAUGGUGGCAUACUGGUAAUGUUAUUGAGCUUGGGACCUAUCAAGUGGGCUAUCAAGGAACAACAGGGCAAGACCUAACUGCUAGUGAAAUUUGAUUUCAGUCAAUGUAAAAUCUGGAAUUUAAAGGUCAUCUUAGUAAAGGUGAUCAUGAUCCUACAGUUAGUUGUUUAAAAGACUCAUCUGGUUCAUUGUUGUUCUUUCCAGCCUGUCAGGAAGGAAUUUUGUUGCCCUUACCUGACUGGAUUAUAUGUGUCUCCAGACCCACGGCAAUGUGGCUGGCACCCAGCUUCCCUUUGAAAUAGCCUAUGUAGCUACCUAAUUACAAAUGGGCAACAAAUAGGGUAGGGGGAAUGGGUCUGGGUGGUCGGAGGGUCGGUGUGAACUUGUUGGGCAGAAUGGCCUGUUUCC